CGCGGGGAGACGGCGGCACCGGGGCUGCCGGGCGGCGUCGCUCGCUGCGAGGGGAGGGGAUUUAAAAAAAAAAAAAAAUUGGGGAAAAAAAAAAAAAGUGAGGGAGGGGUGGAAGGAAGGUGCUUCAACUUCUGCUCUCCCUGCCCGGCAAGGUGGUCAGGAGUUAUAGACAGCUUCGCAGCAAGGCUUCACAAACUCUUAGCUGCAUCCUUUAAUCAUGACUACAUUUCAGAUAGGCUAAAAGGAAUCCAAGAAGGUGGCACUGAAGACCUUGAGCAACCCAGCAAUCAACCACGAAUAGAAUCGUAGAUUUUCUAAAUGCCAACUUAUCUUCUUGGCCAAGGUCUCUUCCUGGUCAUAGGACUAGGUGACAUCUAGUGAAGGAAAGUACAAAGAUAACAUUAUAAGAUCAUGGGGAAUUCAUAUGCAGGGCAACUAAAAUCUGCCCGUUUUGAAGAAGCUCUUCAUAACUCCAUAGAAGCUUCUCUGAGAUGUAGUAGCGUUGUCCCACGGCCGAUCUUCUCUCAGCUGUACUUGGAUCCUGACCAGCCUCCUUUCUUGCCGGAAGAUGUGAAGCCAAAGGUGGAAGAGUUGGAUAAAGAGUUAGUACAUCGCUACUCACAAAAUGGAAACCUGGACUUUUCUGCCAACCAAACUGGUAAUGAAAUGGAAGAUGAAGAGGAGGAUGAAGACAUGUCAGAUUCAAGCAGUCCACCAAUCCCAUAUUCACAAAAACCUGCCCCAGAAGGGUCUUGCACUACUGAUGGCUUUUGUCAAGCAGGCAAGGAUUUACGGUUAGUAUCUCUGUGCAUGGAGCAAAUUGAUAUCCCAGCAGGCUUCCUGUUAGUAGGAGCCAAGUCUCCAAACCUUCCUGAGCACAUUCUAGUCUGCGCUGUCGACAAGCGGUUUUUGCCAGAUGAUCAUGGAAAAAAUGCACUUUUAGGAUUUUCUGGCAAUUGUAUAGGCUGUGGAGAAAGAGGAUUUCGGUACUUCACAGAGUUUUCCAAUCAUAUCAACCUGAAAUUAACCACUCAGCCAAAGAAGCAGAAGCACUUAAAGUACUACCUAGUAAGAAGCUCCCAAGGUGUACUGUCAAAGGGACCUCUUAUUUGCUGGAAAGAUUCUUCAGUGUUCAGUCCAGCAAAAUCGUCUUCUGCUGUUAACUUAAGUGGAACUCAAGACCCGUCUCGGAACAAGAACAUUGUGAAACCUUUGGCUUUGUCAGUACAGCUUGUAGGAAAGACAUUUGCUGCAGCUCCCCUUUCACUGCGUGCCACUGAUGUUGCUAAUGGAAACGCUAAUGGAGGAAGAAAUAAUGUAUUGAGUUCUGCAGUCUCUCGGCCAAUGCCUCACUUGACCUCUCCUAGCCCUGGCUGUGCAGCUGGAGACCAAGCAUCAAUGUCCAGUUCUGGACCACCAAAGAAACGUCAUCGGGGAUGGUCUCCUGGCUCCCCAGUCCCUCCUCCUGGCUUAGUGGUACCUGUUCCUGCAAUUCGACCCUCAACUAGAACAGAGCCUCUUUUGUCAGUCCCAGUUCCUCAAUCCAUGUUAACUGGAAUUUUACAGCCUCAACCCAUCCCGGCAGGGGAGACUGUAAUAGUUCCUGAAAACCUGCUGAAUAACUCGGGAGUCAGACCAGUGAUUCUGAUAGGUUAUGGCACUUUACCUUAUUUCUAUGGCAAUGUCGGUGAUAUUGUUGUGAGUCCCUUACUGGUGAAUUGCUACAAGAUUCCACAGCUGGAAAACAAGGAUCUGGAUCUCCUGGGUUUGACCAGCAGUCAGCUGCUAACCGUGGAGAACAUGAUACUUUUAACUAUUCAGUAUCUUGUACAACUAGAGCCAAUUUUCUGGCUAUUUUUUGUGCCUGGAAGAGGUCCUGACCAGAUACCCCUGAGGGAAGAAUUUGAGCAGAUCAUGUUGAAAGCUAUGCAGGAGUUCACUCUGAGAGAGCGAUCCUUGCAGAUGAGUGCACAGUGCAUCUCUGUGUCGCCAGGUCAACUCCCUUGGCUUGCUAGGUUAAUUGCUAGUGUGUCCCGGGACCUUGUGCACGUGGUUGUUACCCAGAACUCACUGGCAGAGGGCAUCUCGGAGACCUUGAGGUCUCUCAAUGAAGUGAAACAUCAGCAAAAGCUCCCAGAUUAUGUAGUUGCAAUUUGCACAUCCAAGAUAAGAGGAAAUGAAUUCUGCGUACUAGUCCUAGGUCAAUAUCAAUCUAGAGCACUUGCAGAAAGCAUGCUUACCACCAGUGAAUUUUUGAAAGAGAUCAGUUACGAGCUCAUCACAGGGAAAGUUAGUUUCCUGGCAUCACAUUUCAAAAACACAUCUUUAGGUGAUGAUUUGGACAAGCUGUUAGAGAAAAUGCUACAGCAGCGAGGGGAAAGCGUCAUUAUUCCUUUUAAUGGAGAUGUUAGUGAAUGCGUAUCAUCACAGGAGGCAAUUGCCAUGGUUUCUACACAAGAACCAGAUUUGGAUGUUGAUACCUUCCAAAUUUACCAGCCACAGCUUACAGUUGCCAGAAAGCUCUUGUCCCAGGUUUGUGCUAUAGCAGACAGUGGCAAUCAGAGCCUGGACCUGGGCCACUUCAGCAAAGUAGACUUCAUCGUUAUAGUUCCCCGUUCAGAAGUCCUGGUGCAGCAGACCCUGCAACGGAUUCGACAAUCAGGUGUCCUUGUGGACUUGGGCCUAGAAGACAAUGGAACAGCGUAUCAGAGAGCUGAGAAAUACGUGGUUCGGCUAGACAAUGAGAUUCAAACAAAAUUUGAAGUUUUCAUGAAACGAGUGAAGCAGAAUCCAUAUACGCUGUUUGUGCUGGUUCAUGACAAUGCCCAUGUAGAUUUAACAAGUGCCAUUUCAAGUUCCCUGUCACAUGGUGAGCCUAGUCAUGGUCUGGCUGAUAGAGUUAUUAAUUGCAGGGAGGUCCUUGAAGCAUUCAACCUCCUUGUUCUUCAGGUCAGCUCUUUUCCUUACGCCUUGCAAACGCAGCAGUCCAGGAUCAGCUCUAGCAAUGAGGUACAUUGGAUACAAUUUGAUACUGUGGAUGAUACUGCCAGUGAAGACAAGCUAUACUUCGGCUUGAAUGAAUACAGCAAAUCCCUCCAAUGGGGAGUCACAAGUCCACUUCUGAGAUGUGAUGAAACCUUUGAAAAAAUGGUCAACACGCUUUUAGAAAGGUAUCCUCGGCUGCACAGCAUGGUGAUUCGCUGCUACCUUCUCAUCCAGCAGUAUUCCCAGGCUCUGAUGGCUCUCACGACCAUGGCCUCGCUAAGAGAUCACAGCACGCCUGAAACGCUCAGCAUAAUGGAUGACCUUAUCACUUCUCCCGGAAAGGAUAAGAACGGCUGCGGCCACAUGCUCGUCAUUAGGGUGCCGUCUGUGCAGCUGGCCAUGCUGGCCAAGGAGAGGUUACAAGAAGUAAGAGACAAGCUAGGUCUGCAGUACCGCUUUGAGAUCCUCCUUGGGAAUCCGGCUUCAGAGCUUACGGUUGCGAAACACUUUGUGACACGGUUGAAGGCUUGGAGGGGAAAUGAGCAGGAUGACUGGAUUCCUCGCACCUAUCAGGAUUUGGAAGGUCUGCCUUGCAUCGUUAUUCUAACUGGCAAGGAUCCUCUGGGAGAAACUUUCCCCAGGUCAUUGAAGUACUGCGACCUUCGGCUAAUUGACUCGAGCUACUUAACUCGGACUGCAUUAGAGCAAGAAGUAGGCCUGGCAUGCUGCUACGUCUCGAAGGAGGCGAUUCGAGGGCCCAUUGUAGCUCUUGACCUGAGUGAGAAGGAGCACGAGAAAGCUAAUGGUAGCGAGAAUGACUCUGAUGAGCUGCUGAUAGACUUGGACAGACCGCAGAGUAAUAGCAGCGCUGUCACCGGAACCUCAGGCUCCCUGGCUGACAACGGUGUGAGCUCCUCGAGUGCUGCGGACAAGUCUCAGAAGCAAGCACCAUCGCUCAACUUUCAGACUGUGGCGCACAGCUCGGUCGAUGAGGGGGCCUACCCUGCUUUCACAGCUGGAGAGACCCUGAAACAAGAAUGCGACUCCCUGGGUAACCAGAUGGCAAGCAGCACCACUUCGAAACUGUCGUCGCUGUCUUCAGUCUCCCAGACGUUUCGGUGGCCUGGCCACUCAGCCAAAGACAGCAAGGCCCUGCGUGCUGCGCUGCCACGCAUCGUCAUCCUGUCGAAAGCUGCGUACUGCCUCCUGAGCUCGCAGAAAAGUGGGAAUUUGCCUUCUUCCUCUUCCCUCCUGCCUCACGCCGACGUGUCUUGGCUGAGCUCUCUCAGGCCCCUGCUUCACAAGGACAUGAGCAGCGAGGAGCAGUCGCUCUACUACCGGCAGUGGACGACAGCCCGACAGCACCACGCGGACUUCAGCAAUCAGGGUGAGGCGUCCGGCUCAAGGAGCUUUCACCCCAGGCGGCUGCUUUUGACAGGACCACCACAAGUGGGAAAGACUGGCUCGUAUCUGCAGUUCCUGAGGAUCCUCUUUCGCAUGCUGAUCAGGUUGCUGGAAGUAGAUGUGUACGAUGAAGAAGAAAUAAAUGCCAAUCAUACAGAAAACAGUGAAAUUACUCAGUCUAGCAAUGACCACUGGCCAGAUAUUGAGAUCUUCAGUAAAAUGUCUUUUGACCUGAGCGUACAUGACCCCAAGUACAGAACUAUAAGUCCAGUGUACACAGAACAACUGUCAAGAGUGAAACAAGAAACAAGCAAAGAAACGAAAUCGGAGGAACCUAAGAAAAGAGAGACCGUGUCCAUGAUGUUGACAAAAUACGCAGCUUACAACACGUUCCAUCACUGCGAGCAGUGCCAUCAGUACAUGGACAUUAACCCUGCUGCACAGGUAUCUGACUCCACCCUGCAUGCUUUCACAUUUUCAUCCUCGAUGCUAGGAGAAGAGGUUCAACUGCAUUUUAUAAUCCCCAAGUCCAAAGAGAACCAUUUUGUCUUCAGCAAGCAAGGAAAACAUCUAGAAAGCAUGCGUCUCCCACUCGUUUCUGACAAGAAUUUGAAUGCAGUCAAGAGUCCAAUCUUCACUCCAUCAAGUGGACGUCACGAACACGGCCUCUUGAACCUCUACCAUGCCAUGGAAGGCAUCAGCCACCUUCACCUCCUCGUAGUCAAGGAGUACGAAAUGCCGCUGUACCGCAAAUACUGGCCCAACCACAUCAUGCUCGUCCUGCCUGGCAUGUUCAACAAUGCUGGCGUUGGUGCUGCCAGGUUUCUGAUUAAAGAGCUGUCCUACCACAAUCUAGAGCUGGAACGAAACCGCUUGGAGGAGCUGGGGGUCAAACGCCAGUGUGUGUGGCCUUUCAUUGUGGUCAUGGAUGACUCCUGCGUGUUGUGGAACAUGCACAGCGUCCACGAACAGUCCAGCCAGUCCCUGGAGCCUGGGGGUACCAGUAAGAACGUCUCUUUGAAGAGUGUUCUCCAGCACAUCGAAGCCACCCCCAAAAUCGUUCACUAUGCAAUACUGGGCGUUCAGAAGUGGAACAGCAAGCUGAGCGCCAGGAGAAUGAAGGCUCCGUUCUCCAGGUGCCACGUGCGUGACUUUAUACUGCUCAACAUAGACCUGACCCAGAACGUGCAAUAUGAUCUGAACAGGUAUUUCUGUGAAGAUGUAGAUUUUAAUCUGAGGACCAACAGUAGUGGCCUGCUCAUCUGUCGCUUCAACAACUUCAGUGUCAUGAAGAAACAUAUUCAGGUCGGAGGACAAAAGGACUUUGUCGUUAAGCCAAAAAUCAUGGUUUCGGACAGCCUGGCACCAAUAAUGCCUCUUCAGUACGUCUGUGCCCCAGACAGUGAGCAUACCUUGCUGGCAGCCCCAUCGCAGUUCCUCCUGGAGAAGUUCCUUCAACACGCGACGUACAAACUCUUCCCAAAGGCCGUUCACAACUUCAAGAACCCGGUGCUGGCCAUUGACUGCUACCUGAACAUCGGACUCGAGGUGGCUAUAUGCUAUGUUAGCUCCCGCCCGCACUCAGUCAACGUCAACUGUGAAGGGGUGUUCUUCAGCGGACUCCUGCUCUAUCUCUGUGACUCUUUUGUGGGUGCAGACCUCCUCAAGCGGUUCAGGUUUCUGAAAGGUGCCACACUCUGUGUCAUAUGUCAAGACAGAAGCUCGCUACGGCAGACAAUAGUCCGCUUGGAGCUGGAGGACGAGUGGCAGUUCCGACUUCGGGAUGAGUUUCAAACUGCUAACAGCAGCGAUGACAAACCACUCUAUUUUCUUACCGGACGCCAUAUAUAAGCUUCGAUAAGACACCGAU